AAAGAUCGAAAGAAUACAUAAAAUGGGCUUCUCCUACGCAUUUCGCGGGAGUGACUUGGUCUGUAAAAUUGUUCUGCGAAAAGCCUUUAUCAGAUUUGUUCUCGGCUUGUCCCAUUGGUCAUCAUGUCAAACGAGAUCUCGAUGACGAACAAACACGACUCGCCGGCACCGCCAUAUUCCACUGUCGAACCCGGACAGAACAGCCAAGCCAACAUCCAGAAUGGAGCUGCGUAUCCAGUGAACCAUCAGAAUCACGAGCACGCUCCCUACCAAAAUGAAGCGCAGCACCACACAAACGGCACGAAGCCGAUCCACAGUGUCCCGAACGUGCCAGUGGAGCCGACUGCGAGCGUGACGCCUCUCAAGCUGCUUCGAGAACAGCCAGCGUACAUCGACUGUCCUUGCUGUCGCAGUAGACAAAAGACCCGGCCAGAGGAGAAAGACUCUGGUAUGACAUGGUGAGUAGGCUUAGGUAGUUGGUCAGUUUUCGACAGACUAACGUCAUUUUGCGCUCAGGAUAGCUGUGGGGGUGACCUUUUUGAUUUGUCCAUGUGUGGCUUGCCUGCCUUUGAAUUGCUGCAUGGGCUGGCUACAGGAUGUUGACCACUAUUGCGAGGGAUGUGGUGAGCGCA